AUGAAAGAUGUAUGGCCGGAUGCGGCUUCCGCGUUCUAUUUUGACUACCAUGCUCGUCUUGUAAACACUGUCAUUUCAUUCCUCGGCUUGUUAUCCAACAUUUUCCAUUUUUCGAUUUUAAUCCGAAAAUCUCUUCGAUCAAGCCCUGUGUUCAGUAUGAUGUUUGUUAUAUGUAUCUGUGACUUGCUGCAACUAUUAACACAGACUCAAAACGAUAUCAAAUACAUUCUGGAGUUCAACCAACCUGAUUUCUGUCUUGGAUUCGACACAUACUAUGCUACAGCUCUCACGUUGACCAUGGAAACUCUAGGCGGCUUUUCCAUGCUUGUAUCGUCUUGUCUUGUAAUUUUAGUUGCUUUAUUUCGCAGUCUCUCAAUAAAAUUUGCCAUGAGUAAGUGGUCAUCUACAUUGGCAAAGACUUCAACAGCCAGAAAAACAUCUUUAAUUGUCAUUAUCAUCUCGGCAAUGUACAAUCUCUCCGCAACACAUUUCAAGUACAAAAUCACACCUAAAUCUGAUGACGCAUUCUGUGCAUUCAGCUUCUAUACUGGAGCAAGCUCUGAAAGGCGACUGUACUCCGCCUCGGAUGGACAUUCCAGUACCAAUGCAAUUCUACUUUUUACUCUUUUCGACGGGCUCAUUCAAAUAUUUCAGCUAAUCGUUUUCAUUUUUACUUCCCUUAUUCUAUCGAGAUUCAUAAAAGAAGCAUCUAGCAUGAAAAUGAUGAAAAGCAAAAGUGACAGACAAGCUGAAAAAACAGAAGGGCUUAUACUAUUCACACUUUGCUCAUUUUUCAUCUCAACGUUUCCAAUUAUAAUUGCAAACUUCAUGUUGCCACUAUUCGCAAAUCUACAGAUCAUACCAUUAAUCCUUAUCAGAACCCUUACCAUAUCAACCAUGUUACAAACCAUAAACGCAGCUACUCACGGAUGGGUCUGUCUUCUGAUGUCAUCGCAAUAUCGAGCCGUGGCGAAAACGGCGUUCUCUCCUGAUCACAGCGUUAAUGCGAUUGCCCCAGCAGUUGAGCCUUCGAAUGCAUCGGAUGGAUAG